CGCAGGACCACAUUUUCAUUCACAUGCUAUCUGCUUGAACAGCUGAGCCCCACACGGACAGAUACCUGAGGUUGACCACAGUGACAAUGUCAAAUUUCGAGCAAGAACAUAACGAGAUCUGUAAAUAUGACUAUGUGCGGUUUGCCCUCUGUGAUCUGAAUGGCAUGAGUCGUGGUCAAGUGAUAGCUGGUCGCUAUGCCGCCGAAUACAUGGACGCGGGGUUGGAUAUGUGCCAAGACACUUUGUUACUUGGUCCUAGAACAGAAGUAGUUCCAGUAUUUCAUGAGAAGAACUAUAAUGUUGGCAAUAUGUUGAUCUUUCCUGACCCUGACACACUGAGGUCCAUUCCCUGGGCUCCGGACGGAGUGAAGGUUGCUGAAGUCUUGUGUGAGUCUCGAUGGAAGAAAGACAACUCUCCACAAGAUGCGUGCCCUCGGUAUGUAGCAAGACAGCAGCUUCAGAGGUUGGGUGAUCUUGGAUUUGAUUUGUAUUCCGGUCAUGAGAUUGAAUUCAAACUCCUUGACAAUAACACAAUGGAGCCAGUGUUUGCAGGAAGAGAUGUGUACAGCAACAGGGUAUUUAACAAACAUAGCAAAUUGUUAUUCCACUUUGAUAGGCAUUUUCAAGAAUCCAAGAUAGAUGUUGAUAGGUAUUAUGUUGAAAUGGGACCUGGGCUUUUUGAAGCUGUGACAAAACCCAAAUAUGGAAUCGAGAGCCCGGAUAUGGCUUUUAAUCUGAAGGAAGGUCUCUUGGAAAUGGCAGAUUUGGAGGGUUUUAAAAUCACCUUCAUGUCCCAACAUUCCUAUGAUCAGAUGGGGAUCGCCACACAUUUCAAUUUUUCGCUAUGGAAUAGAUCUGGUGAAAGCAUAUUUUAUGACGAAUGUUCUCCAGACAAACUGUCUACAGUUGCAAAACAAUGGAUUGCUGGUAUCCUGAAACACAGUAAAGCUCUCUGUGCCUUUGCAAACCCUACUGUCAACUGCUAUAGGAACCAGGGUAAAUGUGCCUUUCCGUCACCUAUCUAUUGGGGAAUAGAGGACCGAUAUGCAUGCAUUCGCGCAAAAAACGAUGGACCAUCAAGAACAUACCUUGAGAACAGACUACCAGGCGGAAAGAGCAAUCUGUAUCUCGUAGUGGCGUCUACCAUUGCUGCUGGACUGGACGGCGUCAUUAAAAAGAUGGAGUGCCCACCCCCGGACAAAACAGAGGACGUCGAAUCUCUCCCGCGUUCCCUGGCAGAAGCUCUGGAUGAGCUGGAAAAGGAUGAGGAUCUAUGUAAUGCCUUAGGGAAGGAACUGGUGACAUGGUUUGUCAAGUGCAAGAGAGAUAUGGAGGUCGCUAAGUACAAAUUGGUUGAGACAGACGAGCAACGCUUUGCUAUGGAAACAGUGGCGUAUUUCUAAUAUGACAACAUGUUGGGCUUGUCAACAAUGUAUGAUCGUUCAGCACUUUAUUUCUGAUACUUUAUUUUGAUUGGCUUACCACAUCCACGUGCCUCUGAUGAGAACAGCCUAGUUAAUGAAGCAAAUAUUUAUGGUAAGGUGCUUCCUAUCCAAUUUAGGUUGAAAAUAAGGAUAUCAGCAAAUGUGGGUUACAAAUUGCGGAGAACUUGUGGUGAUCUGCGACAGUGUGGACACAAAACGCCUGAUGACUCGAACCUUUUUUAAAUAGAACAAUUUCCAAGUUUGGGAUGGUCUUGUAUACUUCCAUGGCUGAAUGUAUAGAGGUUGGUCUUCAUCAUUAAUGAACUGUUUUAUAUAUGUUUAUGAAAAGACACCAAACAAAAUGAGAAAUGAAGUACAUAAAUGAGUGAAGCAGUCGGAAAAUGUAAAGUUUGGCUACAUAUAUUGUUACACAGUGGUUUUUGCCUGGCAAUAUGAUCUCCGUUAUCUGUCUUAAGAUACACCAUCCCAAGGCCCCUCUGCAUAAGGACCAGCACUGAGCCUGUUAAUGGAAUGCCAUUUUGUAACUUGAAACUCCACAAUCUCUGCUGAGAUCCGAGCACAUUCUGACCACUGGAGCAUAUAGUAUACAGGUAUUAACAAUUUUAACGAAUUUGUUAGUCAGUCCAAGAUUAUAUGGCAUCAUCAAUAACUAUGACAGGAUUUUGCAUUUGGCUUGAUCCUAUUUCUGCAUAGUUAGUUUCUGAAUUAUAAAACCGUUUAACUUACGUAUGGAUACAAUUGACAUCAACAUCCUCUUUCGUUUGACCUUUGUACCUGUAAACACCAUGUGGAAAUUAUAUUUAUGUAUAAUUAUAGACAAGAACCAUAUUUUACUUUGCUUUUGUUACUUUCGAACAGAAUUGUAUUUUCAUCAAAUCCUUAUGUUUACAUUGCACAUAAUUAGAUUCUCUAGUUCGACGCACCUCUUUUUCUUUGUCCUCACUCUUGAGUGAUAUCCGCUAAAUAAAGUUUAAUUUUUUUUUC